UCUUGCCCGCCGGCUGGGCCUCGCCGCCCCCCGCCCGGCCCAGCGGCUGCCUCCGGCCCGCCGCCCGGUGCCGGUUCCCGUGCCCUGUGCUCUCCUGCCGGCGCGCUGCCCUCUGCCCCUGGCGCGUCCCCGGCAUCAUGUCUCGAAGAUAUGACUCCAGAACUACCAUAUUUUCUCCGGAAGGUCGCCUGUACCAGGUUGAGUAUGCCAUGGAGGCCAUUGGCCAUGCAGGCACCUGCCUGGGCAUUCUAGCAAACGAUGGAGUCCUGCUGGCAGCAGAGCGCCGCAACAUUCACAAGCUUCUGGAUGAAGUGUUUUUCUCAGAGAAGAUAUACAAGCUUAAUGAGGAUAUGGCGUGCAGCGUGGCAGGAAUAACUUCAGAUGCCAAUGUUCUAACAAAUGAGCUGAGACUGAUUGCACAGAGGUAUUUGUUACAGUAUCAAGAGCCCAUUCCUUGUGAACAACUAGUAACAGCACUGUGUGAUAUCAAGCAGGCUUACACACAGUUUGGAGGAAAACGUCCUUUUGGUGUUUCAUUGCUCUAUAUUGGCUGGGAUAAGCAUUAUGGAUUUCAGCUGUACCAAAGUGAUCCUAGUGGAAAUUAUGGAGGGUGGAAAGCCACAUGCAUUGGGAAUAAUAGUGCUGCAGCUGUGUCAAUGCUGAAGCAAGACUACAAAGAAGGGGAAAUGACCUUAAAGACUGCCCUGGCAUUGGCCAUUAAGGUUCUAAACAAGACCAUGGAUGUCAGCAAGCUCUCUGCUGAGAAAGUUGAAAUUGCAACACUGACAAGAGAGAACGGAAAGACAGUAAUAAGGGUUCUGAAGCAAAAGGAGGUGGAACAAUUGAUAAAACAACAUGAGGAGGAGGAAGCAAAAGCUGAACGUGAAAAGAAGGAGAAAGAACAAAAAGAGAAGGAUAAAUAGAAUACGAAAUCAAGUGUUCUCUAGAUAAUAAAGGACCUGCUUCAGCAAAAGAUAAUCUGGAUUUUUGUGCUGUAGAAGCCUUACAGCCAUGCCAUGGAGGACCCAGAAGUACUUUUGAUGAACCAGGUCCUUAGUCAUCAUUUAGAUAAUUAGUUUACUGCUCCUUACAUCGACCAAUAAUUGCUUUAAUUCUUGAACACUCUUUCUUUCAUCUUCUAUUUUUUAUUAUGGAAUAAAAGUUAAGAAGAAUA